GAAGAAAGCGGUCAUACGGUAAAGGGCUAAUUCGUCGCGUUUAGCAGUUGUGAUUAUUUUGGAAUAAAUCCAGAAGGACGCGGAGUUUUUCGGAUUCAGAGAACAGUUGUAGAGGAGAAGGGACGGGUGUGGCGUUUGUCGGCCGGACUCGUGACUUGUCGCUAUGAUUAGCUAACCGGCAGCUAGCUGAGGACUCGCCGUUUGUGCCGAUGGUUUAUCUCAGCGCCUUUUCCGCUUGAACGGACGCAGGACACAGACCCGAACCAUGGCCCUGGCUCCGAAGGAGCUGUCGAUGCUGAGCAUCAUCUCCGAGGAAGCUUGCACCAACACCUUCGAGAGCCUCUCCACCGCCUUCCAUCACUUCUUCGCGAAGGCGGAGCACUUCCGGGUGGGUUCGGUUCUGGUCAUGCUGCUGCAACAGCCGGACCUGCUGCCCAGCUCCCCACAGCGGCUCACCGCCCUCUACCUGCUCUGGGAGAUGUACCGAACCGAGCCGCUAGCCGCCAACCCGUUCGCCGCCGUGUUCGCCCACCUGCUGAACCCGGCACCGGCCGGAGAGGAACCGGAGAAGCUACUGUCCGGUUUCCUUCCUCCCAUCACCCAGCCGGAAAAGUUCUUCCUGUCCCAGCUCAUGUUGGCACCACCGCGAGAUCUCUUCAAGAAGACGCCCAGACAGGUGUCCUGCAUGGACGUCGGCAACAUGCCUCAGUCUAUCGACAUCAGCGGGCUGCAGCUGGCUAUGGCAGAGCGUCAGUCUGAGCUUCCCACACAAAGCAAAGCCAGCUUCCCCAGCAUCCUGAACGACCCCGACCCCGAUUCAUCCAACUCAGGGUUUGACAGCUCAGUGGCCAAUCAGAUCUUGGAGUCCCUCGUGACGGGGCCCCGCCCACCGCUGGAGAGUCACUUCCGUCCAGAGUUCAUCCGGCCGCCGCCGCCGCUCCAUGUGUGUGAGGACGAGCUGGCAUGGUUGAACCCGACCGAACCGGACCACAGCAUCCAAUGGGAUCGCUCCAUGUGCGUGAAGAACAGCACCGGCAUGGAGAUCAAGCGCAUCAUGUCCAAAGCCUUCAAGAGCCCACUGUCGGCACCGCAGCAGUCACAGCUUCUGGCUGAACUGGAAAAGGACCCGAAGCUGGUUUACCACAUCGGCCUUUCCCCGGCAAAGCUGCCGGACCUGGUGGAGAACAACCCGUUGGUGGCCAUCGAGAUGCUGUUGAAGUUGAUGCAGAGCAGCCAGAUCACAGAGUAUUUCUCUGUGCUGGUCAACAUGGACAUGUCGCUGCACUCCAUGGAAGUCGUCAACAGAUUAACCACAGCUGUCGAUUUACCACCGGAAUUCAUCCAUCUCUACAUCUCCAACUGCAUCUCCACCUGUGAGCAAAUCAAAGACAAAUACAUGCAGAACCGUCUGGUCCGGUUGGUGUGCGUCUUCCUCCAGUCACUGAUCCGGAACAAGAUCAUCAACGUGCAGGAUCUCUUCAUCGAGGUUCAGGCUUUCUGCAUUGAGUUCAGCCGCAUCCGUGAGGCUGCCGGCCUCUUCCGACUCCUUAAGACCCUGGACACCGGAGAAACCCCACCGAGACCAAACCGACCAAGUGACGGUGCACGCGGCCCCCUGCACGCACCACAGUAUGAUCUUUAAUCCAACUCUGAGCGACUCCACGUUUUCAGUUUACCGUGUGUUUGAACGCUGUGGGAUUAACAAUCGACAAGGCCUUUUUGAAAUUCAGUUUAACACACAAAAUGGAACCAAGUCGUGAGAUUUGGAAGUCCUGUUGUUAAAUCCUUGGACACAGUUUUAUCCUGGUCUCUUGUUCAGUUUAAUCUUCCAUUAAAUAGACUGUUUCAGUAGUUGUUGUUAGGUUGUAUCUUCAGAUUUGAUUUACUUUGUCACCUCCCUGCACAAACACUCAACAGAUUUACUUUUCCUUGAAGCUCCCCGACACAGCUGUAGGUCUCUGCGUCUGUUCUGGAAGUUUUGGCAGAAUCCGUGGGAAAAGGUAGUGACCAGAGAAAUGUGAAACAAUCAAAACAUUACGUUUUGUGGCUGAGAUGGAAAU